GUCAGUUUGUAAACUCCCGACACCGACUCCUGAAGAUUACCAUGGGUAGUUUCGCUUUUGAAUGCACCCUGAAAGAGGAUAUAAAGAAAACACGAGAUUGUCAGAAACAGGAGGUUGAACAUGGGUGAAGUCUUAAUAUGAAUCCGUCAUUGUUGCUGUGCUGUGUGCUGCUCUGUUUAGCCUGCUGUGUUAUGGUACACACACACAUGAUUAUGGAGGAACAAUACGGCUCCAACCAAACAACCAUCAGCUUACAAGAAAAUAACCAAACAGAUGCACCUUCUGUGCUCAUAGUCGGGCUUUCAAAAACACCUAAGAAGAGCAAGAAAACGGAAAAGAAAUCAAAAAAGAAGUUCAGCAACCACGUGAAGAAACCCCCGCCGCCGCCGAACUGCGUCCCGCUCUGGAGCAGCUGCAAGACGCCCAACGCGGUGUGCUGCGAUCAGUGCGCCUUCUGCCACUGCCGCCUGUUCAAAACCGUCUGCUACUGCCGCAUGGGUUACCCGAAAUGCUGAACGCCCCUGCCCUGACAGCAGGAGGAUGGGACCGUCCCGAUCCUAAAGGCUCGUUUAUAAAAACCCUGUGGGAUUAUGACAGCCGAACACCAGUGCGCUCCAUCAUAUAAUCGGAGAUUUUCUGGCCAGAUAUACCUACUGCUCGCCCCAAGCGCUCGGGAAUAAUGGAAGAGAGCCAUCCGGGUGAUUACCGAAGCACUCUAAAUCACGUUUAACUCAUUGUAAAUGCAUUUUUAAAAUGUUUGCGUUAUUGAAAAGAGUAAGCACUUUAUGGAGGGGGGAAAAACGUUAAAGCAUCCAGUUCUGACCUGCGACCUGUUUGAGCUGCUACAAACAAAACAAAAAGGAAUCCGCCAAAAAAAAGGGAAAAUCACCAUGACAACCACAGUUGCCGCCAAAUUGUUGCGUGUUUACUACAGUAAAACCGUCAACGCUCUCAGAAAUAAAUAAAAGAAAACUAAUAGAAACAUAUAUUUAAAUAUAACGACAGCUUAUUUAAUAAGAGUAUUUUACAGAAACAAAAAGAACGUUUUGGCGAAACAAUGUCUGUAUAAUUUGGUGAAGACUUUGGUUGCAAUGGUAACUUAGUUUUAAACAACCGGGGAAUAUUUUUUGUUGAAAUGCGAAAUAGAUGAGUAAAUAUAGUUGUUGGGUCGAUUUUUUAGAAAUGUACGUUUCUGUGCAUUCAUGUAUAUAUUUCGUCUGAAAAGGUUAAUUGCCUAUGAUUAAUAACUCAAGACCAGUAUCCGGUUUACCAGGGAAAAAACGUUGCAGAAUAUCGCGCUUUAUACUGUAAAAAAAAAUUAUAAAUGACAUUGUAAAUUAAUAUAAUAAAGAAUUAAACCUGUAA